UGGCCCGAUUAAUUCAUAUAUCUGGAUCUACCUCAACCUUCAUCUGUGUUUCGUCUUACUAGCGACGGCGGCUUUUUAGAUCACCAAGAUCAGGCAGGUAAACAACUUCACCAGGUGACGCUCGGACCCCGGAGACGUGAAUCUGCAGACCGGAGUAUUGGACAUGUCGGAAGCCAUGAAGAGCUUAGGUAUCCUCCUAUACUCCAUGUUAUCAGUCCUGAUGAUCUCCUGCAUCUUUUCUCCAGUUUCAGCAGUCAGUCCUGUAAAGGUGAAUCUUCAUGAAGCUGCUACUCUCCCCUGUAAUAGGAUGUGUUCUGGUCUGGUUACAUGGACUGUGUUCCAUAAACCAGGUGACAUUCUGGCUCAGUGUAAUCAGACAUCAUGCCAGUCAAAGGAGGGAUUUCACAUGUCCCAUGAUCAGUACCUGAAGGGAGAUCUCUCCCUCACCAUCACUGGUGUUGAUUACACUAAGAGGGCCUGGUACACCUGUAAGUGUGAUGGUGCAGAGAUCUGUGAUGUGAGCAUUCAGAUUGAGUCUGUAAAUGUGCACAAACUUGUCCAUCCUGGAGAAUCUCUCAGCAUGGAUGUGAAUGUCUCAGAGCCAGUGGAGCUGAACAGGGCUGGUGACACCAAACCAAACCUUGGCAGGCUGUGUGAGAUUAGGGGGCGUGAAAUUCAGUGUGUCCCUGAGUAUGAGAAGAGAGUGUCAUUCAGUUCCAGUCUACAGCUGAAGGAUCUGAAGGAGUCUGAUAGUGGCGUUUACACCAUACAGGACACCUGGAAUCAUGAAGUCAUUGGUAUAUACACAGUAGUAGUUGGAGGUUCUUUAAGCAGCCACCCCUGUCCCAGCUCUCCCUGGAAUGGCCUGGACUCUACAAAGGAGCCGGAUGGCUCACGCUGUCGUUCCCACCUGAAAACAGUUCUACGUCAAGGGCCACGGAAUCCUGUUAUAAGAGUGAAGCUUAAUGAGAAUCCAACUCUCCCCUGCUGUCAGACGUGUUCUGGUCUGGUCACAUGGACUGUGUUCCAUAAACCACAUGACAUUCUGGCUCAGUGUAAUCAGACAUCAUGUCAGUCAAAGGAGGGAUUUCACAUGUCCCAUGAUCAGUACCUGAAGAGAGAUCUCUCCCUCACCAUCACUGAUGUUGAUUACACUAAGAGGGCCUGGUACACCUGCAAUUGCAGUGGUAAAACAUUGUGAUUGGACUCUUCAGGUCCAUGAAUUCAGUUCAAAAGUUCGUGUUCUUCCUGGAAAAUCUCUUACCCUGGAUGUGCCCGUCUCUGAGCCAGUGGAGGUGCUUUUUAAUAAGACUGAUCAUGACUGUCCAGUCACUGUCAGACUGUGUGAGAUUAGGGGGUGUGAAAUUCAGUGUGUCCCUGAGUAUGAGAAGAGAGUGUCAUUCAGUUCCAGUCUGCAGUUGAAGGAUCUGAAGGAGUCUGAUAGUGGCGUUUACACCAUACGGGACACCAAGAAUGAUGAAGUCAUUGCUACAUACACCAUCAACACAGCCACUGUUGAGGGUAGGCAGGUGGAAUCUGACACAGACACUGUGGAGAAGGAUCCAGAGAAGCCUGACAAGAGAGUACUUGCAGUGGUGCUGCCACUGGUCAUACUGGUCUUACUGGUGUCUGCAGUGGUGUUCCGAAAAGAAAUUACAGAAUUGUUGGCCACGGGUGAACACGUAACCAAAUGAACAAGUAGAGCAACUAUAGAUGAAUGAGGUACACCAGCCAGUGGAGGAGCAGAGGACCAAUCAGAAUGUUCCGGAGAGAGAACCAGACACACAGGAGCCACUCUUGAAUCCUGAUUCAUCAAAUAAUGAAUCACUGCUCUUUGAUUCUGUUCAUGAUUCACCAAAUCCUGAGCUUCUUUCUCACCCUGUUCCUGACUCUUGUUCACAUGUUCCAGCUCCUUCACUGGACUGAAUCACAGAACUACUCUCUGCAGAGAACAUGGUCUCUGCUGCUCUAAUCUUGGGGUACUUUUGGGUGUUUUGGGGGCUCUUGGAUACUUCUGGGUAUUUUCACACUUGGUGCUUUUCAGCAUUUCUACUGCUCUCAGUUGCUGAGUCAUGAUGUCUAUAGUAUAUGUGAACACAACAAUGAACUCAGACAUCUAUGCAGAUCCCCAAUUGAACUGAGGUUGGUCUCAGUACUGUUUGUUUUGUGUUCUCCUUGAUUCAAGUGCUGUAAAAACAAAAUGGCCUGGUUCGUUGUGCAUGUCCAGUCAAAAACAAAGUGACGAUCUACACAGGUAACAUCAAACUGGAGGAGAAUGUCUGCAUAUGUGAUUGUGUGGUGUGAGGAAGAGACCUCAGCUCUUCUUCACAUCUGGAUGGUGCUAACCCUCUGGUCACAGUAGUGACCAAAUUAUGUUUUGAUUUUGUGAAGCUCCCCUGUUUAUGGAGCAUGUAUGUUCAAAUGUGAUAUGAAUGUUAAGACAAACAUGAAUGUCUGUCUACUCAGUGACUGUUGCUUCCUACAAAAAAAACUGUUUUGAGACUGGAUAAGUUCCUUUUUAAGUGACUGUUUAACAAUAUUAAAAAUGUCAUUCAACCGUGUGCUGAACACUUUAAAAAGUUUUAAUUAUUUUUGUGUCUGGAGGACAGCAAGCAGUAUUUUAGACUUGUCCUCUUGUCUUUUUUGAUUUUGCUGUGCCAGUUUUACACUUCUUGUUCUUGCUAGGGUUUUUUAUGGAGGGGUUGGAGGGGUGUUUGUGUAUUUGUUAUAAUGGGUAAAUUUGACUUUCCUGUAUUUACUAUGUGUCAGUUUGACACAUAGCAUAAAGCUAACUUGCUCCUAAUGCCUGACAUUUUUCCUGUUGAUCUACACUCUGCUUUGAAACCAGAGAUUAAAAGUAUUUUAGAUACCCAGCUUGUUGUAAACAGUAUCAUACUGGAGAAGGAGGGUUCUGCCUUUAAUCAAGAAGACUGUGAACGCUCACCUCCUGCGAGGC